CGCCGUGAGUGUCAUUUUCCGUUUUGUCUUUCCCGAAAAAUGUCGACUUGCUGUCAGAUUUGGCUACAAAAAUACAUAGGAUUCGUAAAUUAACCAAAUGUUUCCUCCGUAAAACGAAAAAUUUCAACCAAAAUAAUAAACAAAAAAUAUCUAAAAACUCGGAACCCAAAAAAAAUUGAAUGGCUUAUGUCGAAACAAGCCGACGAGUGAGGUAAGGCCAGGAAAAGAAAAAAAUUUUGUUUUUCAUCAACAAAGCGCAUAAAAACAGACGAUAGCAAAUUAGCGAUAUAACUAGCUGUGUAGAGCAGCAGCAACAGCGGCAUCGGAGGUGACUGGCAGAAGAAAUAUCAGCGGUGUCAGUUAUAUAGCUUAUAAGAAUUAUUAUUGAAUUGGCAAUUCGUUGGCGAAAAAGCUUUGAAGCGUUUUAAGAUUGGACCGUACUUGUAUAUUGCCGAUAAAAACAGAAAUCUGAUUCCAUAUCGGAAGCAAUCGCCACUGUUUGCUAUUUUUGUUGUUGCUGCUGCACGCAAAGGCGAUCAACGACACGUAAGGUGAAAAAAUUCAGAUUGACUUUGGCUGUACGAGGAAUGGGCAACGACACGAACGCUGCCACCAUACCCACAACAGUGCAGCAAAAGUAAUAGCGUAAACAACGGUUAAUCGCAUUCCUUUGUCUGGUACCAAUGUGCACUCCGUUGGAAACUUUGUAAUCUGCCACAACCACCGGCUACCAAUUCUUUGCCCACACUCCUACGCAGUUCAUCAUCCUCACGAGCAAGCUGCUGUCACAGCGCAUACACUGAAGGAAACAUAACAAAGAGCUGUUUUAGGGAUUCUUUAACAAACGCUUUCUCUUCUAUUCUGCAAAAAAAUUUAGAUGGAGACAACUGAUAUUUGUAAGACGCAUUUAAAGCGUUAAAAAAACGAAUCGAAAAUCCGUCAAAGUUUUAAACUACAAGCACUCAACCUACACACUCAUCCUCGAAAACGCAUCGCAUCAAACGUACGUUCAUACAAACAUAUAAAGAUAAAACUGAAUCCCAACGAAUGGGCGCUAAGGCAAGCACUCCGACAGCCAGCGGCCAAAGCCCACGUUCGCGUACCUUUUCCAGCAGUUCAACUGGAACCGAUGCGGCACAAGUCGCAUCUAAUAGUGGAUUGGGUCAUGCUCCGACUGGUGCCGAUGGCGGUCAAGGCUUCAACUUGUUGCGUACAUUGCCCAGCUUGCAGGUGCAACAUCACGUCCAAAGCUCCAGCAUCGACAGACAACGGGCACGCAGUUUGAGCUCUGUGCCUGACAUUCACAAUCAACAACAUGGCACAACGCAUUCCUCUUGUGCUGUAGGUAGUGGACCACACACACAUCCGGCAAUAGUCACGGCGCCUAGUAGCAAUGCAUUUGGUUUGUCCCCACAAGCGCACUCUUCAGUUGGUCCCAACUAUCUACAACAUCAGCCAUAUCCCCUUGGCGGUGAUGGUAUGGGUGGUGGUAGUAUUCGUAUGAGUGUACCCGUCAGCAGCAGUUCAUUUCACGACAACUCGCUCAUACUGAACGGAGGAAGCGGUGGUGGGAUUAAUACCGGCGGUCGUGGCAUAGGAAGCGGAUCACAUUCGCAUACGUUGAAUUUUGAUGAUCUGCAAGACGCUUCAGGAGCGGGCACAAAUUUCGUCGAAAGCAUUGCAUUGGCGGCAUCCUCAUCUAGUGGCGCAAGCGGCAUUGGACGCGUCUACACAGCAACGUCGCUGCCGUCACACAUUUGGUCAUUUAACGUUGAUAAGAUAUCUGUGUUAAGAUGGUGGCUCAUUGCAGGCAAACAUUCGCAUGCAUUACAUGGCGAUGCCGAGCAGCUGGCAACACCGCCAAAUCACUUACGACCCCUGUGUGUUCGACAGUAGGUAGUCGAGUAGUACGAUAAGCAGGAAGAAGGUAGGAAGGCGGGCAGCAGCCAGUCAGCAUGCAGCGAGAAUCAACGUAUACAGGAACAAAUACAACGCAGAGCGAUUGAGUAUGCGAGUA